GGAUACCGGAAGAAAUGUUCUAGGCCACUUUCAUAGUGCUGCACUGGAAAAGAUUCCGCUAAAGGGUUGUGGUGUGGGGAUGGAGUUCCCCCCGGUACACUAUACCGAGCGACAAUUUCAUACAAGACCUUCAGUUUUGACUUUGCACGUUUCACUAACAAGUGGUAUCCAUGUCAUCACUCGAAACCUCCAUUGCAAACAUGGUGAUACCUGACGCGUUCCAGCGCUCUAUCUCCAUACGUGAACCCAAAUGCGCCGUGGGCGCAGAACCACACCUACAAUUAUGUACAUUCUCUCCUUCCAGCAACUGGAUCCACAUCUGGAUUCUGCUCUCUCACAGUCUAACUCAGCUGCUAAGACGUCCUAUGAUAAUCAACAGCCAGCUGCCUCCCUACUAUCUAUCACCCUCCUUCCGCCCAAUACACUCUUUACUUCCCUUCAUCAUAGGCCGCCGGACCCAUACCGCCUCGGAUGAUUCUCCACCAUCACGACGAGUCAUCAGUUUCAUCGACGACCGAGUCUCAUCUGAUCACCAACCGACAUAUAAAUCACCAUCCCCUGUUUCCUGUUUCCUGUUCCUUCUCCCUCCUUCGUUGUCGAUGCUUCUCUUUCUUUGUACCAUAUCCACUCUUUCAUUUUCGUUCUUUAUUUCUGCAGCCUCAGCCGCACAUACUAUUCGUUUCUUCAACUACUGUGGGUCCGGAACACCCACCAUCGUCACUCACAAUUCCCGAACGAGCAUCAACGACGGAACUGGCACAUACUCCAGUGCUAACGCCAACGACGGCGUCCUCCAUGCCUUCUUAGAGCAAGGUUCCUGUGGGAAUGAUGGAGAGGAAUGCUCGACUGUCGAUGUCGAUCUGGCUGUACCGGUGGCGUCGGUAUCUCAAACGGACAAAUUUUCUGUCCCUCUAUCUCUCCAGUACUCCUGUGCCAACAACAGCAUCUACUUUGCUCAAUGCUACGACUCCAACUGCGCUCCCACGCCCAUAUCAUGCAAUUCUUUCGAUUCCGACCUCAUCAUAACAUUCUGCCCAUUAGGCUCCCCCUCAAUAACCAAACCCUCCGACACCUCGUCGUCAUCCUCCUCCUCAACCCUCCCCCGCAAACUCAUAGCCCCCAUAAUAAUCGCCAUCGUUCUGAUCAUAGUCCUCGUCGGUGUGAUCCUCUACCUCCGAAGGAGGAACCGCCGACUUGCUGCGAGGGAUACAGAAUCCCACCCAACACCGACACCUCGGAACCCGCCCAUCCCCGAGCGCCCCGCGCGCGCCAGCAUCCUCACCGUCCCUUCAUACCAAUCCACGUGCGUUGCGAGCGCGACGGCUAAUAAGGAAUCAUGGCAGGACUUCAAGAGCGCGUCUACUUUCGUCAAGCUCUACCCUACUGAGUCGGAGAUGUCGGCGUUUGAGGAUUAAUCGCUAUUAUUCGAUAACUUUUUAUUGGGACAUUUGUAGUGAAACGAAACAUUGAACAAGCGUUGGCUAUACAGUGUGAGUCUGACACUUGG